AUGUGGCUGUUUGGGCGAAGACGCAGAAAGGCCGCUAAGUUCAAAGACGGACCCACUGAGGUUACAGACAGGAAGCGGCCUGUCGCAGAGCAAACCAACACGAUUCAGACCAGCAAUGGACCGCGACGAGGGCCCAGCCAGCGCCAGCGCCGCAGAAGGGGUAGUUCACGCUCCACUACCGCCUCGAUGCGCGACGUUGAAAAGUCGCUUCCCGAGCCCGCCUUUGCGAAAGAGUGGCCCCCGUCGAGCGCCGAAGACAUCACCGCCCUGCCCAACCAGCACCGCCUUGCUCACAGCCCGCACCUGCGCCCAAUAACGCAGGAACACGCCGGCAUCCCCUACAACUUCCACUCCUCGCACUCCCACCAAAGCCUGCCGCCCUCUGCAAAGGACCGUGGCAAGCUCCAGCGACCCCAGUCCAUGCGCAGGGAUCCGCCUACUGACUCUUCCCUGGUCCGCCGCAAGUCGAGCAAGAGGCGAAAAGAACAUGAUCACGUCCGCGAGGAGGAGAUCCGCGCCAUGUCAUUCCCCAUGCCUCAGAAACGUCCCGCUGCCAACUCUGGAGGCAUGCUCCGCCGCGACAGCAAGAAGGUCAAGGGCGCCCUGAACCACCGCUUCGAGCGUCCCACGUCCAACGUAUCGCUUCCCCUCGAAAACUCCAUCCAUUCAUCCAUGUCGGGCAAUUCAGAGAACCGUGCCUUCCGCGUGAGUGCACUCGACAUGUUCUCACCACGGCCAACCAUCCGCGUCUCCGUCGGCUCCAACCACUACGGCAGUGACCGCAUGUCACCAAACACCUACAGCGAAAAGUCCACACGUCGACCCAUCAGCAGCAGUGCAGACGAGAAGGCGAGCAGGAGGACGAGCCGCAUCGAUGACCUCGCCGACGAACUCGAUGCCGGUGCCCUACGCGAUAUUCUAGAACGAGACAAGAGACGGAGAGAAAAGAAGGCCAAGGCUGACCAGGAGCGGUUACGGAGAAGAUUAGAACGUCGUGCAGAGAAACAGAAUGCCAUUGAAGCAAGAGGAACGCCUGCCACUCCCCGCAAGGAGGGUACAGGCAUGGUUGGUCUUGGUAUUGAGCGAGAGGCGCCUGCUCCCAUGGAAGACGUCCGCCCAUCUACACCACCUCAGCCGCAGCGGCUGAACAUGCCUGUCACGCCUCGUACUAAUGACAACACCCAGCUGCCGACACCGCUGGAAAGCCCUACUGAAGAGCCUGUAGUAUCUAAUGCUCGGGAAAUUCGUUACUCAAAAGGCAGUGCUUCCGCACACGUACACACCCGCGGCCCAUCCAACGCCUCGAUUCUACCCGAGCUCAUCUCGGAGAAGCUCGCGAACGAUAUGCCUGUAGACUCUAUUGAGCAUGGACCCGAUCCCACUCGAAGCGGCUCGCUGCAUCCCAUUGACACCACCGAUACCUUUGCCACUUCAAAGCCGGGCUCUUCUACACGCCGGCGUAGCUCAGAGGGCAGACGCAUGGGUGUAUUUGCAUCACUAUUCCGACGAGGGAAGCGCAACUCGCAAGAACAAGCACGACCCACGCCAUCCGAGAUCUCCUUUUCCAACACUUCGCGCGAGUCCAUGUCUCGCCAACCUCUCCCAGCUCAUUUGGUUAGAACUGCACCUCCUACUCAACCUAUUCAAAUUCGGAGACCUUCCAGCGUACCCCGACGGACAAUGUCCAAAUUCAGAGAGGAUCUCCCAGAAUUUCCUCUAUCACCCCCAGAUUCACGCGUGCAGUCACCAGAAGUCCCCUCGACGAGCAUCAUUGCUGCCCGCCGAAGAAGCCAACAUCUUUCAGACCUUCAGGUUGGGUCGCUUCCCGGAGAUCGAUCUGAUUCUCCUGUCAGUCCGGGUGCACCCAUCAACGUCAUGUCACAAUCGCUCGCCUCAGUCGACUCCGAGGGAUCUUGGCUCUCUGGCCGACCACCAAAGCGAUCGUCAAACAGAUCGCAGAUGCGCUCCAGUCUGACGUCUUCUGCCCCGCUACGGAACGACGAUUUCAAUGCGUCCUACGAGGAGUUGGGCAUGGCCGAUGAUGAAUACUUCAAGAGAUUGACCCCGCUGCCAGACCACAGAGGCCGAUCCCCUUAUGCAAGCGACGAUCGGGGACGCAAGGCUAGCAGCACGCUUAUGACGCUAGAUGCUGCGGCUGAGUCCGACGAGGAGGUUGCGCCUCCAUCCGAAGACCUGCCACCUGCUCAAGAAGGAGAAUUCGUCCAGAACAGUGUCGGUCGUCAGCCUACCAUUAUCCACCGCCGGCCCCGCGUCAAGUCUACUGAAGGUCUCCUCAGCAUGUUUCUAGACGACACGGAGGAUACAUCAUCCAAAGUUGCCGAUGUUGGGCAAGAGUCACCAGACUCGGGUUCACCAACUUCGCCAACGUCGGAGGAACCAGUGCUGGUACAGCGCGCUAAGAGCGUCGAUCUCGGUAAAGGCCAUGGUCACGUUCGUCACCUCAGCGCUGGUUCCGCAAGACUUCUAGAUAUCCAGAAGCGAUCGGGUACACCAGUACACGGCCGGUCGCCCAGGAUGUCUGAGCAGGAUGUACAUGACAGCCAAGUUUGCCCCGUUGUUGUCUUCGUUGGCCGUAUCCGGUAUUGGAGGCUGUACACAGGAGGCAUGUUGCCGUCGCCUUGCCUAACGAAGAAGGCAGACCCUGGUGGGGCAAAUCGGGCGGUCGGGCAAGCACGUCAUCUAUCAUGGCAGCCCCUCUGCGGCGCAAGUAAACCCUACUCCGUCGACCAUCCCAAAUACACACAAAUCCUUGAUAUUGUAAGUAACGCCUUCCCUAUCUCCGCUCACAUUUCCCGGCAUCUCUACGAGUCUUCGAUUUGCGCAGGGACUCGAACGGCUUUGCCGAAAAAUAAGCGCAUCAGAAUUGUUAUCGGCAACGGCGGCCAGUUCAGUCCAUCAGCCGAGUUCUUUGAAAUCGCCCUUCCCCUGCUGUCUAACCACGCUUCUACAUAUACUAUGUUCGCGCCGUCGUCUUUCAGAGCUACCAGAACACUGCUCACAUCUGCGCGCCUGCAAACAGCUAUCAACCCCACAUCCACCGCAAACCUCUACCGACCACUCUUCACCCAGAAGUUCUUUCACAACACCGCCAAAAUGAGCGAAGACCACAAGGGCGUACACAACCUCAAGAACAAGGAGCAGUUCGAGGAGGUCAUGGCAGUCAAGGACAGCCUCAUGGUCGUCGACUGCUUCGCGACAUGGUGCGGCCCUUGUAAAGUGAUCGCUCCCCAGGUCGUCAAGUUCUCUGAGAAGUACCCCAACGCGCGCUUCUACAAGCUCGAUGUCGACGAAGCCUCCGACGUUGCAGGUGACCUCGGUAUCCGCGCCAUGCCUACCUUCAUCCUUUUCAAGAACGGAACCAAGGUCGCCGAGGUCGUUGGCGCCAACCCCAAGGCUCUCGAGACCGCUAUCCAGAACAACAUCGAUGCAUAG